UGCACUCCUUCGACAAACCAAUCACAAGCAUAUUAACAAUAUCCCGUCUAAGUAGUACACGGCGAGAAAGGCGCAGCGAGGAAUUUCUCCAAGCGGGGGAGAACUUCUUUUCUAAAUAUCGAAAAGAGAAAGUGAUUGAGGAAAUGAGCGACACUGCUUGCGUCCAGACUCCCAGAAGAGGUGAGAACACGGAGAAGAUCUCAAUUGAUAUUAUGGGAAAGCUGGAUCAACUGCCUCCCACUAGGCCAACGAGUUAUAUAUUUAGGGUUCAUCAUGAACUACGUACUGUGAAUAAAAAGGUGUACGAGCCUGUGAUGCUUUCGAUUGGACCAUACCAUUAUGAUAAGCGCCAGACGGACCUUCAAUAUAUGGAACAACAUAAGUUGCGCUACCUAAAUGGUCUGAUCAAACGAAAGGAGGAAGAAAAAGGGGCAUCCAGAUUUGACCAAUUAAGCGAGUAUCUUGGAGUUUUGGAAGAAUUGGAAGACCAGGCUCGUGGUUACUAUGCAGACCCCGUCGCUCUCGAGAAAAAUGACUUCUUAGAAAUGCUGUUACUUGAUGGCUGCUUUAUCAUUGAACUGUUCCGUAAAGCCGCAUGGAAUAAUUAUCGACAUGAAAGAGAGAUGGACCCUCUCUUUAAAGCUGAUUGGGUAGCUUUGAUCUUAGGGAGAGAUCUAAUGUUACUUGAAAAUCAAAUUCCAUUCUUUGUUCUGGAACAUCUACAUUCUAUUAUUGGUGACAUGCCCGACCCGCUCCUCCUUAUUUUUACGGCCAUGACUUAUCUCCCGGUAUAUGGGGGCUUGCCUUCAGCUCUAGGCUUACUCGAAGGGAAAAUUGCAUUACUAAGCAUCUCCAAUCUUGCGACAGAACCAUUUCUCUUGCCCAAAUCUCCCUUGCAAUGUAGACGACUAAAACGAGAGAAUCUCAGUGAUUUCAAGCAUCUUUUGGAUCUUGUCCGCAAGUUCAUGUUGGCUGAGGAGAUCUUGGAAAUGAAAGACGAACGUGCCUUACCACCCCAGCAAGGGCAGAGAGCAUUGACAGAAUCCACUUCUGUGAGUACAAAAAAGUACAAGUACUCUGCCACGGAGUUACGCAAUUUAGGAGUUAGAUUUAAGGGUGUGGCGAGAAGCAAGUUUUAUGAUAUCACAUUUGAAAAUGGGCUUUUAGAGAUUCCAGUAAUCCAAAUAGAUGAUGGUACAGAAGGGCGAUUUCGAAAUUUAAUCGCAUAUGAAGAACAUUAUGUCCGAGAAAACAAAUAUAUAGGAGACUACAUGAGUUUCAUGGACGGUCUGGUAAAUACCCCCAAGGAUGUUGAGCUGCUUCGGCACAAAGGGAUAAUCGAAAGCUUAAUGGGUGAUGAUGAAGUUAUCGCUACAAUGUUCAACAAUAUGUGCAAACAGAGGAUACUGUCCAACUUUUACUAUGCAAACAUACUUGAGAAACUGACGAAGCAUUGCAGCAAGAAGCGAAAUGUCUGGAUGGCGAAAUUAAGAAGAAAUCAUCUUAGCAGUCCCUGGGCAAUCUUGUCAGUUCUUGCAGCAUUGCUCUUGCUCAUCUUAACCAUCACACAAACUAUCUACACUGCUCUCUCAUUCUACAGUGAAAAAUAGGUAUCCAAGUCGUGGCACGUCAGUUUGCUGACAAUAUUGUCAAAUGUCUGGGGACUAUAAGGCUUGCAAAUCUUUCACCAUUUACUUACUCGCUCGUGCAAGUUAUUUCCCUUGAAUGUGCUGGUCUUGUCCCCAUUCCUCACUCCCCAUGAGAUCUGCAAUGCAUUACUUCCGCAGCUGUUCGUGCCUAUGCCAUCAUCUAGCGAAUUCACCAUUAGAGUCUUAGACAUUCACGAGCCGUCCCACAUGCCUCGUCGUCUUGCCACUGCCUCUGACAGUCGCCAGGAGCGGCCUCUCUAGAUCCCUUCACUUGAUGAAGUUCCUUGUGGAUUUUCAGUACUUAUCGCUUUACUGUUUUUCUCUUUUGUGUUUGUCUCCUAUUUCGUUAAGCGCCACGCUGCUUUCUUUCUAUGCAAACAAGAAUUAUUGGUCGCUUGGAAGUUUCUUGAAAAUUUCGUGUCUAAAUGUUGCUUCUCCGCACCUUGAUUAAAAGGGGUUGGUUUCACUUUCCAAUUGUGCACAAUUUGUGACAAAAUGCUGAUCUAUAAUAAAUAUAAGAGCGAGGAAGGGGAUUUGGUAUAGUA